CUCUGAGCGUAUCUGGACUCUGAUUCAGCCGUUUAGCACCAGCGACAAUCGUCUGGGACUCAGCCAUGGCAGCAGCAAGAGGACGUACAGAUCUACAGCCUGCAGAACCUCUCAACAUGAAUCAUUAUGCCACUAAGAAGAGUGUGGCAGAGAGCCUGCUGGAUGUGGCGCUGCUGAUGGCAAACGCCUCUCAGCUGAAAGCCGUCCUGGAGCAGGGCCCCGAGUUCAAGUACUACCUCACUGUCAUCGUCCUCAUCGCCGCGUCUCUCUUCUUCCAAGUGCUCGCAGGGGUUCUCUUUGUCCACAUGGCACGCAAAAACCUCAAUGACGUGGCCAAUCAGAGGAAGCUGGACAUAAUAAACAAUGUGGCCACUGUGCUGGUGUUCCUCACCGUCAUCAUCAACAUCUUCAUCACCGCUUUUGGAGUGCAGAAGACAGGUCUCUAUCCUAAGCAGUAAACUGUCUGUAAGAUACAGGGUCUCAGUAAUGGUCAUUCUUCAGGCCGGUCCAAUCAUGAAAGACUUCCUUCUGGCUUUGAUAUUUGUUCUACUAUAGAAGACACAUAGUUAUUUUAUGGUCUUUUUAAAAAUGUAUUUAUUUCUACAGAGGGCAUUAUAUUAAAGGGUCUACAACAUACAUUUAUCAUAGACUGUCUAAUGAUUUAUAUUACCUAGAGGCAAAACUAUAAUCAAAUAACACAAAU